GCGCUCAGCCAGUGCGCUUGGCGACCUCCCCCAUUGCCGUUUGAAACAUCGCGGUGCCUGCCACAGCGGGAAGCUGGUCACGGGAUUUUCACUUCUGGAAGAAAAGUGGGAAAGAAAAUCAGAAAACAACGGCAAAAACAAACAAGCUAAAAGUACCUAAGAAGAGUUGAAAACGGCAGCUAAGAUAGCAAGGAAUGAUAUGGCUGUUUGUUUUUCGCUAUAUCAAUUUUUCAUUUUGUGAUUACAAAUUUAUUUGUUUGGAGAUACGUUAAUUUAUUCUGUGCUCUGCGCUUUAACUUUAAAAUGCUGUUUAGGUCCAUUGUUGUUCAUGGAAUUGGCUAGACACUACAAGUCUGGCUGAUGGAGGCCUCGUAUCCUUGAUCUGUGGGAGACAAUGAAUGGCUCCUGUUUGUGUAUAUUUGUCUUUGGAGUAUUCGGGCGAUUAAUUGCCUGAGAACAGAUUUUCUGCGGCUUCCGGCAUUUUAGGAAAGACAGCACACAGAUGACCUAGAUGUUCGUCAAUGACGUCACAACUAAAGUCUGGUAGGAGGCGAAUAUUUCCGAGGACGGCAAUCCGCAAAGCGUCUAACUUUUCUGCAGUGUCGGAGCAAAGAAAAGAUGACCCUAACUUUUUGUAUGAAUUGUACUGAUGAGGACAACUUUGCCGAUUGGAAGCAACCGAGUGUCGUCUUAGCAACGCUAGUUACGUGACGUUCAACGUGGACCCUGGUGAAGACGGUACUGUGUAUAGAAAAGCACCCUUACGCCACGUUGCUUUCUUGAAACCACGCCAAGGCCAUAAGAAGAAAGGCAAAGCGCAUCACCUCUCAUCAUGGCGUACACCCACUUCACAUAUUAUACGAACGGGUUCGUGGCAGAGUACGUGGAUGCAGGGGAGGAACGUUGCAGCUCUUGGCUCCUUGUGCCCGCAGAGAACCUCUGGCCGGACUGGCUGCGGGGUAUACUCUACUGUAUUGCUCUCUUCUACUUAUUCGUCGGUAUCGCCAUUGCCUCCGACAUUUUCAUGUGUAGUAUAGAAGUAAUAACUGCAAAACAACGGAAAAUAAGUAAGUGGGACCCGGAAAAGAACGAGAUGGUGGAAAAAGAGGUUCUCAUCUGGAAUGAGACCGUGGCCAAUCUGACACUCAUGGCUCUUGGCUCGUCUGCCCCGGAAAUCCUGUUGGCCGUCAUCGAGUCCGGCAGUAACCUCACGUCAACAGAGCCCGAGGACUCUCUAGGCGUGUUUACCAUCAUCGGAAGCGCGGCUUUCAACCUGCUCAUCAUUACAGCCGUGUGUAUCGUCAGCGUACCGGCUCCUCAGUCCAAAUCUAUCAAGGAGUUCGGUGUGUUCAUCGUUACGGGUGUCUGGUCUAUCUGGGCCUACAUCUGGAUGUUGAUGGUUGUCAAGUACAUCACACCGGGAGUCAUAGACCCGUGGGAAGCGUGGGUCACAUUGUUGUUUCUGCCGGUGUUGGUUAUUAUGGCAUACCUACAAGAUCUCGGGUGGUGCUGCUCUCGGAAAAAAGUUGGUGAAUCCGCAGAUGGAGAAGAUCCAACAGCGAACGUCCGUGUGGGCACGGUCCACCCCCAUCCCCAGCUCACUGGACACACCCACAAGGAGUUGCACGUGCUGGAGGCCCAGAAGGCUCACCGAAUGAGUAUCAUAAGCCUGCAAGGCUUAGAAAGGCCAAGAAAAAGCAUAGCAGCCGACUCGAUGACUCUCUAUGGUUAUCGGAACCACCGAUAUUCGAUUACAUCGUAAGAUGACGACCUCGUUUGUUUGAUUUAGCCGCUGGCUUUUGUUGUUUGGCAACUGAUAACUCACUGCUCUGCACGCAGCCCUUGCUCGUCUAUGUAGAACUUUGUUUACAGGUUGCACGCAACUAAAUAUAUUCACUGUAUAUAUUUCUCCAUGUAACGUGAUGGCGUGUAGCAUACACCAACACCUUUUCCUAUCA